AAUUACUCAGAAUGCAGCCUAAAUGGUAAAAGAUAAAAGAAUUAGUGAGAAAUGUAUGUUCUUCUUUGGCAUUCAUUUCAUAUGUCUCAUAAUAAUAACUAAAAUAUUCGGAGUAAGGAUUACCUUCUCAGUGUCCUCUUACCGACCAUUCUAUUUCAAAUUGCCACUCCUACUUCCAUUCCCUCUUCCCUGAUUUAAGUUCUUUCAAUAACAUUUAGUACCAUCUGAAAACCUUUCUGUGAUUAUUUAUGUACCUUAUUUAUUGUUAAUCACUCUCCAAUUAAAAGUCAGCUUGGUGAAGGAAAAUGUUUUUUAGUAUUAUGCUCAUUCCUAAAUCCCCAGUCUUGAAAAGUAUCUGACAUAUGGUAAGCACUCCAUAAAUAUUUGAAAAGGAUGACUGAGGAAUAGCUGAUAUUUGCAGAGUAUUUCUAGUAUUUCCACAUUUCUAGUAUGUGUCACACACUGCUGUGCUACCAUAUCAGCUCUGAGGGCUGUUCCAGAAAAAGAGUUCCAAAAUAUUAGUAUGUGUAUUUUCUGUUAUAAGUUAAGGUAUUUGUAAUGAAAAAGUAUAUUUAAACCUAAAGGUCACCCAAUCAGCCCAUAUUACAAGCCUUAGAAAUGUACCCUACCUUUUAACCUAGUAGUUAAGUAUUUAGGAAAUGAUGAGAAAGAUAAAAAUCUACAAAUUUAGAGCAUUAAAAAAGUUCUUAGAAAAAGGAAGGAAAAAUAGAUGAUUCAUUUUAAGACUUUUUUUCAAGGCUUUAUGAAAACCAACAUCUUUUCACCUGGACAUUGAAUUAUUUCAACAUUCCCCUUUGUAGUGGGUGAGAAGAAGCAGAACGGCAAAACCAUCACUUCUUUGGCAUUAUGGUCCUUAUAGUAAGAAUGUUGUCAACAGCCUUCAUCACAACAGGAAGCUAAGGUUACCUUAAGGAAACUGAAAACUGAUUCUAGGAAGGCAAAGGAUAGGUGAGCUGAUAGUGCAUUUGUUCAGUCUGCAGCCACUACAGUUAACAGAAAACCUUCACAUUAGCUCUUGCAAUGAGAGAGAAAAGGAAGGGAGAGCUUUUGGUUGGUAUUUCAGUUAGAAAACUGGACAAGAGAUUAAGUUUUUCAAAAGGCACAGUCCCAUGAAGGAAAUCUUCAUUCUGUAUGGCCAGAUUUGAAAUAAUAUACCUGCCCACUCCAGCUAGUCAUUCUGGAGACAUGCUCUGCAAGGUAAGUCUCCACAGAAAAGCUUAUUCUGCCAACUAGGAAAUUAUGCUCACUCUUGAUGUCUGAUUAUGUUGAUAACGAAUGUUUAGAGUUUUACAGUUAGGAAAUGCUGUCCUAAGAAGCCUAGCAAUAGAUUUAUUAGUUUUUAGUAUCCUGUUUCAUUCAAUUACCUAGAUUAGAUGGCUGUUCAGACCUAAGAUUUAAAUUCACUUCAUGGGAUGCUAAAUCCUGUUUUUCCUAUCACAUCAUGGUGCCAUAUACUUAGGAACACAAUGUAGAAUUCUGAAUCUCUUCUCUGUAGAACAGUGCUUUCCAAACCUGACUGCUUAAAUCUCCUGAGAAGUGGAGAUAUUCUGACCCAGAGUGGUGUUUGUGAAUUUGUGUUUUUAAAUGGCGCCUGGAAGAUCUAAUAUACAGCCAGGUUAGGGGCCACUAUUGUGUUAAAGAGCAAUGCUGCAAUUUUACCUGAUACCAAUUUUAGAGUUUCAUUUAUAGAGAUGGAAAUCAGUGUGUUUUAGAUCAGUGGUUCCUAACCUAAAAACUCCCUUACCUUUUAAGAAUCUGUUGAAAUCUACGGAUGUUUCCUUAAUAAACACACAGUGUGUGUGUUUAAAAAGCACACAUACUAAUUUACCAUCUCUAUUUUAACACUGUUGCUGCUAUCACAAAUUGUUACAGACAUAGUGGCGUGAAACAACAAAACUAUUUUCUUAUGGUACCCGAGCUCAGGAAUUAGACAUGGGCCCAGAGCCAAGGCUCAUGCCUGUAAUCCUAGCACUCUGGGAGGCCAAGCUCCAGGUGUUCGAGACCAAUCUGAGCAAGAGUGAGUCCACAUGUCAGGUGAUGCUGAUGUUGCUGGCCAGGAGACCGGACUUAGAGAAUCAUCGGUGUAGGAGACCAGUGAAUAGGAUAGGGAGGGGUGCUCUGCUUGCUUCCACGUGGCUAUUACUCUUAUUAACAACAACAACCACAUCCGGCGUUCCUUGAGCACUUAUCUCACAGCUGGGUAAGGGAGCAGCUGACAGAUGGGCUAAAAUCAAAGCAUCCCUCUCCGGUUGCUUAGUCCUUGACGGUGUGUGAGACAGAGGGAGAGACACAAGCAGAGGGAAUGACUGGAGCACGCAGCGGCUCAAUGGGCGUCAGGAUCGUCUCGGGACCCAAGCGCCCAAGGAGCAGAGGGAGGUGGAGAGGCCCGAGGCGCCCUGGAGGGUCCCGGGACUCACUCGCGGCCCGGGCAGUGCUCGGGGACUCGGGGCCUGCAGGGGGCGCUACCGCGCUGUCCAGCCGCUGGCCGCCCGGGCCGCCCACCCCGCGGGCGCGCCUCUCUGCAGUCCAGCGCCGCCCGGCCAGGGACCCGCUCGCGCAGACUUCUCGGCCCAGCUGAAGACGCCGGCCGCGCGGGGCCGCCCCUGUGCUUGCCUUUUGCGGCCGCUCAGCCUAUCGACCCUGCCCCGGUGUCGGGGUCGGCACGGGCAUCUCGCCCGCGUCUGAUCGCAGAGUUCCAGCCCCGGGGAGCUUCCCGGCCGUCGACGGACCCCGCGGCCCGCGCGCUAGACGCUCUGCUCGUGGGGCAGAGGGAAGGCGGCAACUGGCUGGGGAUGGGCUACCCGGCUGCGUUGAAGGGCGCUGGGGGGCUCCGCGCGCUCCUCCUGGCGCUAGUGGCCGCAGGGAUCCCCGCCGGCGCCUACAACCUCGACCCUCAACGUCCCGUGCGCUUCCAGGGCCCCGCCGGCUCCUUCUUCGGCUACGCGGUGCUGGAGCAUUUCCACGACAACACGCGCUGGGUCCUGGUGGGUGCUCCAAAAGCAGAUUCCAAAUACAGCACAUCAGUGAAGUCCCCUGGGGCUGUGUUUAAAUGCCGGGUUCACACCAAUCCUGACCGGAGAUGCACCGAACUGGAUAUGGCUCGAGGGAAGAAUCGGGGCAUGCCUUGUGGAAAGACCUGCCGGGAAGACCGGGAUGAUGAGUGGAUGGGGGUGAGCCUGGCCCGGCAGCCCAAGGCUGAUGGCCAAGUGUUGGCCUGUGCCCACCGCUGGAAGAAUAUCUACUACGAAUCAGACCACAUCCUGCCCCAUGGCUUCUGCUACAUCAUCCCGUCCAACCUCCAGGCCAAAGGCAGGACGCUGAUCCCUUGCUAUGAAGAGUAUAAGAAGAAGUACGGAGAAGAACAUGGCUCCUGCCAGGCUGGGAUAGCAGGCUUCUUCACCAAGGAGCUGGUGGUGAUGGGUGCCCCAGGGUCAUUUUAUUGGUCUGGGACGGUCAAAGUGCUGAACCUUACGGACAACACCUACCUUAAACUGAACGAUGAGGCGAUCAUGAACAGGCGCUACACCUACCUGGGCUAUGCAGUGACCGCUGGCCACUUCUCUCACCCGUCUGCCACUGAUGUGGUAGGAGGUGCCCCACAGGACGAAGGCAUUGGAAAGGUUUAUAUAUUUAGAGCUGACCGAAGAUCAGGCACCUUAAUUAAGAUUUUUCAGGCAUCAGGUAAAAAGAUGGGCUCUUACUUCGGCUCCUCCUUGUGUGCAGUUGACCUGAAUGGGGACGGCCUGUCUGACCUGCUGGUGGGGGCCCCCAUGUUUUCUGAGAUCAGAGAUGAGGGGCAGGUCACUAUCUACAUCAACAGAGGAAAUGGAGCCCUCGAGGAGCAGCUGUCCCUGAAUGGGGAUGGUGCCUACAAUGCACACUUUGGGGAGAGCAUUGCCAGCCUGGAGGAUCUUGAUGAUGACGGGUUCCCAGAUGUGGCCAUUGGUGCACCCAAGGAGGAUGACUUCACCGGGGCGGUCUACAUCUACCAUGGUGACGCUGGUGGGAUAGUCCCUCAGUACUCAAUGAAACUGUCUGGGCGGAAGAUAAAUCCAGUUCUACGGAUGUUUGGCCAGUCCAUAUCAGGAGGCAUUGAUAUGGAUGGAAAUGGCUAUCCUGAUGUCACUAUUGGAGCCUUCAUGUCUGACAGUGUGGUUCUUCUAAGAGCAAGACCCGUGAUUACAAUGGACAUCUCCAUCUUCCUGCCAGGCUCCAUCAACAUCACGGCGCCUCAGUGUCAUGAUGGACAGCAGCCUGUGAACUGCCUGAAUGUCACCACCUGCUUUAGUUUCCAUGGCAAACAUGUUCCUGGAGAAAUUGGCCUAAAUUACGUGCUGACGGCUGAUGUGGCCAAAAAGGAGAAGGGCCAGCUGCCCAGAGUCUACUUUGUGUUGCUGGGAGAGACGGCGGUUCAGGUCACAGAGAAGCUGCAGCUGACCCAUGCAGAGGAGACGUGUCAUCACUACGCAGCUCACGUGAAGCGGAGGGUGCAGGAUGUCAUCAGCCCCAUCGUGUUUGAGGUGGCCUACAGCCUUGCUGAGCAUGUGACUGGAGAGGAAGAGAGGGAACUGCCAACCCUGACACCAGUUCUUCGCUGGAAAAAGGGACAGAAGAUUGCCCAAAAGAAUCAGACUGUUUUUGAAAGGAAUUGCCGCUCGGAGGAUUGUGCAGCUGACCUGCAGCUUCGGGGUAAACUGUUGCUCUCCAGUAUUGAUGAGAAAACCCCAUAUUUAGCUUUGGGGGCUGUGAAGAAUAUCUCCCUAAACAUCUCCAUCUCCAACCUUGGAGAUGAUGCCUAUGAUGCCAACGUGUCCUUCAAUGUUUCCCGGGAGCUCUUCUUCAUCAACAUGUGGCAGAAGGAGGAGAUGGGAAUUUCCUGUGAGCUGUUAGAAUCAGACUUCCUCAAAUGCAGUGUGGGAUUUCCUUUCAUGAGGUCAAAGUCAAAGUAUGAAUUCAGCAUGAUCUUUGAUACAAGCCACCUAUCUGGGGAAGAGGAAGUUCUCAGUUUCAUUGUUACCGCUCAGAGUGGCAACGUGGAGCGCUCUGAAUCCCUGCAUGACAACACCCUCAUUCUGAUGGUGCCGCUGAUGCAUGAAGUGGACACAUCCAUCACCGGAAUCAUAUCUCCAACCUCCUUUGUGUAUGGUGAGUCUGUGGACGCAUCCAACUUCAUUCAGCUGGAUGACUUGGAGUGUCAUUUUCAGCCCAUCAACGUCACCCUUCAGGUCUACAACACUGGCCCCAGCACCCUUCCUGGAUCAUCUGUCAGCAUUUCUUUCCCCAAUCGACUCUCAUCUGAUGGUGCAGAGGUGUUUCAUGUCCAGGAAAUGGUGGUGGCCCAAGAGAAGGGAAACUGCUCUUUCCAGAAAAACCCAACCCCCUGCAUCAUCCCUCAAGAACAAGAAAAUAUCUUCCACACAAUAUUUGCUUUCUUCACGAAAUCUGGAAGAAAAGUCUUGGACUGUGAAAAACCAGGAAUUUCUUGCCUAACAAUGCACUGUAACCUUAGUGCUCUCGCUAAAGAAGAAAGUCGUAUUAUAGACAUUUACAUGCUGCUGAACACAGAAAUACUGAAGAAGGACAGUUCAUCUGUAAUCCAGUUCAUGGCCCGAGCCAAGGUGAAGGUGGAUCCUGCCCUAAGGGUGGUGGAAAUAGCCAGUGGGAACCCAGAAGAGAUGAUGGUGGUCUUCGAGGCCUUGCACAAUCUGGAGCCACGAGGCUACGUCGUGGGGUGGAUCAUCGCCAUAAGUUUGCUGGUGGGCAUCCUCAUCUUCCUGCUGCUGGCAGUGUUGCUCUGGAAGAUGGGCUUCUUUCGCCGAAGGUACAAAGAAAUUAUCGAAGCUGAGAAGAACCGGAAAGAGAACGAAGACAGUUGGGACUGGGUCCAGAAAAACCAGUGAGCUGCCACACCAACCAUGUGACCCAAUCACUGGCCUGUCAUCCUUGAUCUUUGUAUCUUCCAUAUUUGGAAGAAAAAAAUCUCCUCCAGAUUUUUCGGAGGCCCCACUGAAGCUGUUCUCUUCCUCAUUCUAUCUAGCCCAGGUGUCAGCCUGAGGCAGCCACUGUGGCCAGGUCACAUGACCAGAGCCAGCACCACUUUCCUUUAUAGAUGAACUCUGAACUUUGGAAAGCAAGCUACGGAGCCGAGCAAUAUUUAUGGAUGCAACACACGUGGUCAACCCUCAGGGGAAAAGUGUUACCUAAAAGUAUUUUUAUAAAUAUAAGCCUUUUAUACUGAUUAUGUCUUUAUAUUUGUAUCAAUGUUUUAUUAUUUCUAUUAAAUAGUUACAUAAUUCAUUCAAGCACUGAUAUCCAACCUAAAAUCAUGGAAGUACAUGUACAUGAAUUUGCAGAUUUUAAAGGAUAAAAAUCUUACUGUACUUUGGAACUUGCUGUUUAAAAAGAAAAGACUUACAGAUAAAAUAAGCUGAAGAAACCUCAUGUAAUGAAUCCACCAAGCUGACAGUGGUGCCUAUAAACUGUGGAUGUGGGAAGACCCCUAAGACAGUUCACGUCUUUAUUGCCUAGAGUCAAGUAUGGAGUUAUGUGCUAAAGAACUGUUAAGUGUUUUUUCACAUGUACCUUUCAUUGGAAGACUCCCAGCAAGAAUCUGGAUGGAAAACCUGACUUCUAGCAGCAAGCCUGCUCUGUAUCACCUUUCUACAGCAGACACCUUGCCCUCCUCCCACUUAAAUUGGUGGAUGAAAGCUUGGAGCAGUGCCAGUCAGUCAUCUGGUAAACCUCAGAAGGACAUCCUGGAUGUCAUGCAUCAGAGUUUCUAGGCCACAAGGACAAAAUCAGUUCUCCCUCAAGCAAAGACUGUUUGAAGGUCUCCAUUUUCCCUAACUCUCUGCUGUCCCAACUAGUGGUAAUUGCACAUUCCUUCCCAGAGAUGACUGUUCAACUUUUAUUUUAAUAAGUGUCUUAGGUGGGGUUCCCAAGAAGCAGACCCUGAAGAAGGUUUUAUAUGCAAGUAACUUACUAAGGAAGUGCCCCUAGGGGAAUACUAGUAAAGGAGGGUGUGGGGAAGGAGAAGGGAAGCAGGACAGGGAAGGGGAGGAAGCCAGGUAAAGGUGCCAUUUCAGGAAAUAUUCCCCAGAGAGCAACAUCAGCCCCACCAGGGGGACUUUAGGGGGUAAGUUAGGUCUUCCGUAGUCCCACCCUGUGGCAAGGGAGCUGGGCUUUCAUAUUCCUGCACCUAGGAGAGAUGCAAACAUUCUGCUCUCAGUUCAGCUGGCAGAGUGGCCCCAGGAGCUAAGCCACAGGUGUACCCUCAAACUGAGGAGACCCCGAAAUGAUGCAGAGGGAUCUGAGCAGAGCAUCAUCCCACGCCCUGCAUGUGUGAACGCUGAGUUGCGGCCUGCAAUAUCCAAGGUCUCUGUUUGAUAGUGGAUACACUGUCAGAUGCACUGUGCUGCCCGGUGUUGAAUGCAGUGUUAUUUUCUAAAAGGGCAACGAGAUGAUGGGAUGUAGCAUUCUCAGCACUGCACGUCACUCAUAGUAAUCACCCAGUAACUGCUAGUAGCUAUGGCUGCUCUUCCCACUGCUGGCUAAUCAUCUCAUAGACAGAAAACAUGGGACUAAGAGCAGCAUUUACAAAGAGUCUUAACAGCCUGCCGAAGCCGUAGCCACAUACAGAUGGCAUCCAGAGGGAAGGAAACACUAUGUAAGACCAAGGACCUUUCUUAGGAGUCUUUCUUUGUUCCUGGAAACUAACAUGCUGAGAGUCUGUGAACAUUGGGAAAAGACACAGAACUUAACUUCAGGGGAGACAGGUAUUCUAUACACAUACUUGGCUGAUACUCACAAACAUAUCUAAACUUUUGGCAAAAUUAUGAGGUUGCUAGGCAAGUGCAAACCGGGCAUGGAGGGUGUGUGUCUUUUAGUUUCUUAUUAUGCAGUUGACCCUGCUGUGGAAAGAUAAUAUGUCAUGCUUCCUUCCUGGUGAACAUGGAAAUAGAUAAAAAGCCAGAGGCACAAACUCUGAUCCUAGAAGUCAGGGGUGUUGCUUUUAACUGUGAAUGGAGGCACAGGGGUAGCUACAGAACAGGACCGGGCAAAUUAACCAGUUCUCCAUGCAGAGUUUGAUUAUGAGCUUUAGCAAAAGCAGUAAGAAAAGCAGUCUUGGGGGUGUUAGUUAUUCAUUUAACAGCCAUUUGUAGGGUGCCUUGCUGUGUGGCAGGGAGUGUGCCAGGUGCUAGAGGUUCCCCAGAUAUUACCACAGGCACAUUUUGCCUUAGGGUGGCAAGCCUCCUGCAAUGGCAUAUAGAAUGUGGAUUUUUUAAAAUGAGACCCCAUUGGCCACAUUUUUUUUUAAUGGACUCUUGUUAGUGUGUCAUGUUUUCCUUUAAUAAAUCAUUUAGGAUUCUUAGGUGGUAGAUGCAGGACAGCUCCAACAGCAGCUUUGGUCAAAUGCACUCAUAGCCACUAACCUGCCUCCUGCAGGGAGUACAAAUGCCCCUUGUGACUUACAGGCCCGCAGUUCUGCCAGCCAAAGGGCAAAACCCCAUUUCAGAAAGGAUGGAGUUCUAUGGGCUAGCUCAGAGCUGGGAUCCAUUUGAUUCUGCCUGAGAGACCCACAGGGUAGUUGUGUAUACAGGUCACAAUGACUUCAUAAGGUAGUUUUUAAGAAAACCAUACUUGGCAACACCAGGAGCAAAUACUGGCAACUACCCCAGGUACCUGUCUGGGGAGGGACAGGACCUCUGUCUGAUCAUGCUGAGUCUCAGGUGGGGCUACAGGGCCUGUGGAGGUAACCAUUUAGCACAAUGGUAAAGAAGUCAAGAAUAUUGUUAGAGCUCCUUCAAACCGGGCGGUUCACCAGUGCCAUCCCAAUUCAGAAGCUCUCUACGUUGUCUCAGGGGGAGCAGGCAGGGUGAGUCGCUUGUCUGUGUUACCCCUCCAGGAUAUUCCUGGAGAUGGCACAGUGUACUCUACUUUCUACCCUUCCUGCUUCUAUGGAAUUCCACUCUGGAAUCCUGUAAGAUGUUCACUUGGGCAGCAUUACUUGAGUUUGUUUCAGCUUUUGGUUGUUUGUUCUGUAUGAUUUUAACCAAUUGUUGGAGGAUUCAGAAGCUUUUAAAAUAGGACAAAGAAGCUUUGUAAAAAUUGAGUAAAAAAUAAUGCCCCCUUUUCAUAACCAGGUUCGCUUAUGCUUAAUUUACAUAGGACUCUGGGGAGUUUGGAUCAUCCCCAAAUGUUUCUGUUUUUUGUUAAAAACAGAAACCCAGCAGCACUCCUGGGAACAUCUGGGACCUGUUUUCCAUGUGGAAGUGUGACUAGUCCUCUAAACAAUCCAUGUGCUAUAUGCUACCUGUUGAACCCCAGCAUGGAGAUUUUGUGAAAGGUCAUUUACGACUUUUAUUUUGGGGUUAUUUGGGGGUAAGGCAUUAUGGCCAGCUGAAUGCAGUAAUGCCUGGGUUACACAUGACACAUAAACCUAAUGAGAUGUAUGCUUGGUUCAAAUCUCUUCAAGUUUAGAGGUGCUACAAAGGACAUUUGUUGCCUCAGACAAAAGGCAGAAAGUGAGUAUCAUUUCAGAAAUGCUUCAAGUAUGCACAGUUGUCGUUGAUGUUUUGAUAUAUAGGUAAUAAUAUGCACAGUGGAGAAUAUUUUCUGAAACAAAGAAUGGCUGGAGGGAGGAUACAGAGCCAGUAGGGUCAAAAUGAACCUUCUAGAAUAUCUUCUGAUCUUUUAGCACAUGGGAAGGAUAGUGAACAAAUUUCCCAACCUGGUGCAGUGCUUUAUAGCACAAUGAUCUAGAUUUCAGACUUUGUUAAGGUUUCUUUUUUAAAAUUUCUAAUGUGCAUGGUGUGACUGGCAGAUUGAGUUUAAAAGCUUUAAGAAUGAUUAAUUGCAUGGCAAGCACUCACGCUAUCUGUACUUCCAGAAUGUUACUGAUGCAUCCAUGUACAUUUCCACUGAGUAAUUUUGGUGAUGGGAUGUGUGUGUUCCUCCUCACGAUGUCACGUGUAUUAAAGUCUAGUCAAUCACUUCUAAUUCACUUGCACUGUUUGGGAAAUGCCAGGUUUACAAAGAUACAUGUUUGGAAUAAAAAUGGCUGCAAAUGAUUCAGAAGUUUGGUCUGUAAUUUCUUUACUUAUAAGAACUGUUUAAGGGUUUCAGUGUAAUACAAGAUGCAUAUUAAGAAGCAUGUCAAGUUCCUCUCAUUCCACAUGAACAGCCCACCUGAUGUAGUUGAACUUCCUCCAAACUUUGGCCUCCAUACUGGUGGCCACCCGCCUCUUUGUGCAUUACCCACCUGCCCAAGAUAGGAGCUUGAUCUUGAGCUAAAUGUGCCUGGAUAAAAUAGGGCAGAUUUCUCACUGUUAGACUUCUUCCACAAGUUACUCAGCAUUUUUUCAGAAGCUUUUUGGUAGCAUUCCUACACAUCUACAGAUAGAGUAUUCUCUUAGAUUUUUAUUCUCCUUCAUCUAUCUAGUUAUCCUCUUAUCCCAAAUGUUGUUCAUUUGUGUUUUUCUCUUUUCCCUCGAUGAAAUCAACAAAGUUCUACUUAUUUUAUCAGUCUUUUAAAGAAUAAGCCUUUGGCUAUACCAAUCAAGUCUAUGGGGUUUUGCUCUAUAUUUCAUUAAUUACUACUUUUAUAUUUAUUAAAAUUUCAUAUUCUGCUUUCAUGGUUAAAACUCACACACAUACAUACUACACAGUAUACAAAAGGUAUGAAAAAAUACAUAGAGGUUAGGAUUAGUUAAUUUUAAGUGGACAGGAUUAGUUAAUUUUAAGUGGACAGUAAAAUCAGUAUUUUUACUGAUUACUUUGAUUUCUGUGUUGUUUUUACUUGUCUAAAUAUUAGUUUUCUACAGUAAGCAUGUAUUUCUUUUGUAAAAAUGAUACAUGCAAGUUAUUUUUAAAUAAAAUUAUGUCUGGAAGGGUAUGAAUUGCCAAGGAAAAAGAGAUCUCAAAUUGUAGGUGUGGAAAGAAAGAUUUAUUUCAGCAAAAAGUGGUAAUAACCCUGACACUUCUGACAAUGGUCCAGUGAGUAAUUUCAAGCAUUUUAAUUCUGGAUGCUUCCUGGCUUAACAAAUCUGCUACCAUCACUAAAGCUAACUAAAUACACUUCUCUAAGGUUGUCUAACCUGUUUUUGUAAGCCAGUAAAGGACCUUGGCAAACUCAAUGAGAACAAAAGAUACAAAAUUAAAUAGAAGAAAAAUCACUAA